UGUGUGUGUACAUAUCUUCUGGGAAGAGCUGCUGCGAGUCCGCCUAGGGCACAGACAAGCUGAUAUUCUGUAACGUACAACCAUCCUCGCAAUGUUUUUAUAUUGGGGUUUUCUUCUAUAUUUUUCCUUGCAUUUUUGUAGCUGUGAGACAGAAGCAAAUGCAACUAAGACCACUCUCGAUCAGAAGAGGUGGAGGAGAUCCGUGGCAAAUCCUCCUCAACCUAUUGAAUGUGAGUUUUCCAAUUGGUCAGAUUGGAGUUCAUGUGACCCCUGUCAGAAAAAGAGGUUCCGUUAUGCAAGAUUAACUCAACCCGCCCAAUUUGGUGGGGACCCCUGCAAUAGGAUAGACAGGCAGGAGGAUCCGUGUGCUUCUAGAAACCCUUGCAGGAACACAAAGACAUGUGAAGGUUUCCGCUGUACAGAAACAGGGAGGUGUAUUGUGCGGAGACUGUUGUGUAAUGGAGAUGAUGACUGCGGAGAUUUAUCUGAUGAGAAAAACUGUAAAUCAGUUCCAAGCUCUUGUUCUACUAAUGAAAUGGAACAGUACUGGGGUAUAGAGAACCUUGCGAGUGGGAUCAAUUUGUUUACAAAUAAUCGUGAAGGAUUUGUUUUAGAUCACAGAUACUAUGCUGGAGGCUGCUCUCCCCAUUACAUUCUGAAUACAAAAUUUAGAAAACCCUAUAAUGUGGAAAACUACAUUCCAGAAAGCAAAGGAAAAUAUGAGUUCUCGUUAUCUGAACAUGAAUCCUACUCAGACUAUGAAAGGAAUUUCGCCAGUCGCCAUGCAAAACAAACUAGUUUCAGUAUUGGCCUCAAAAUACCAGGACUGUUUGAAUUUGGCUUUAAUUAUAAUGAUAUGAAAGUCAAAACAUUCAUUGAAAGAACUAAGAAAUUCUCUCACACGAAAAGCAAAUUUAUUUCUGCAAAGUCUACUCUUGAAGUUGCACAGUACAAGGUAAAAUCCCGGAACCUGAUGCUUCAUACAGAGUUUUUUCAGAGAGUCAAACAGUUGCCAAUGGAAUAUGUUUAUGGUGAAUACAGAGAUAUCUUCAGAGAUUAUGGAACGCAUUUUAUCACAGAAGCAACAUUAGGAGGCGUUUAUGAAUACACGCUAAUACUUAACAGUGAAAAGCUGCAAAAAGAAGGCUAUUCGCUAAAUGAUGUACAGAAAUGUGUGCAAGCAGGAUUAAAACUUGGAGUCACUAUUGAGGGCAUAUCGUUAAGCGUUGGCAUGUCUGGUGGAGCCUGCAGCGGUUUGCUGAAAGAAAUUGGAGAUAAAAUAUCAUCAGAUAAGCUGGUUGAGGACUUUGUUGCUCUUGUCAGAGGUGGAGCCAGUGAACAUAUUGCAGCACUUGCUUACAAAGACCUUCCAACACAAGAUCUAAUGCAAGAGUGGGGAGAUGCAGUUUAUUACAAUCCUGAAAUCAUUAGCAUGAAAGCAAGUCCUUUGUACGAGCUGGUGACUGCCACAGAUUUUACUGGAGCUAAUAUUCUCCAGGAAAAUAUGAAGCGUGCCCUUGAGGAAUUCCAGGCUGAAACUAGCCCUUGCCGCUGUGUUCCAUGUCAAAAUAAUGGUUUAGCCAUUUUCACAGAAAAUCGCUGUGAAUGCAUUUGCCCACUAGGAUUCUCUGGUGCAGCAUGUGAAAUUACAAAACGACCAGUAAAUGCCAUAGAUGGAAGCUGGAGUUGUUGGUCUGGUUGGACGCCUUGCUCCAGAAGAAUACAGACAAGAGACAGACAGUGCAACAAUCCAUCCCCACAAAAUGGUGGCAAUCAGUGUGAAGGAACGAAUACUGACUCAAGAAGUUGCUAAUGCCUUUGAGAUCACAAGCUGAUAUAAGGGAACAAAAAAUAAUGCAAACCUGUGAAUUUUUCCUACAUGUGCUGUUUUAGUUUUUUGAUCUCUCUAUGAAUAAACCUAGAGGAUUGCUCCUUUAAAUGCAAUCUCUGUGUAAUACCA